AUGCCCUUCCAGCCCCUCUUACGGCAUAGCGCCGCGCCCGUGGCAGCCCUGACGAUGGCUUCGCUCGCUUUCUACCCUAAGAGAAGCGUCUACGCCGAGGAGCUCCAACACCACACGCGCAAGCCCAUCUACGACACUCCGCUCGCUGCCACUCCCUCUCCCGCUGCCGUCCACGCGACCACUCUCUCAGACGAGCCCGUCAACACCCCCGUGCGCGAUGAGCAAAAGGAACACAACAAGGUCACCACCGAGCAAGUCGCCGCCAGAAUCUUCGGCCAGCCCGCCUCGCCAACACCCACCCAACGUCUCGCCGAACAAAUCAAGCGCGCCCGCGUCUUCCUGCACGCCCAAGCCGUAAGAGCCGAAGAUAACAUCGACAAAGGCCUCACCAAAGCCCUGCACCUCGAGCAUUCUGCCAUCUCCACAUUGCAAUCCCUCGCACCACCCAGAGAAAGCGGCGAGCGUCUCCUUCCCGGUGGAGUCUAUGUCAUUGUUGCCGCAAUGGCCGGCAGCAUCAUCGCUCGUAACCGCAACAUCCUGCUCCGUGGUAUCGUUCCUGUUGCCGCUGGUGUGGGUACUUCUUACGCCGUUCUUCCCAUCACUACCCGCAAUGUCGGCGAUCUCAUUUGGAAGUACGAGGAGAAAUACCCUGUUGUCCGUGAUAACCAUAUCCGCGUUCGUGAUGGUGUUUCCCACUUCAUCGAGACGGGUAAGGCUCACUCGCAAAUGGGUUACUACCAGGCUGUCGACAAGGUGCAAGGUGUGCGUGAAGCCGUCGAGCAGUGGGUCAGCAAGGGCAAAUAA